UCCUUCAACGGCGAUAGUGGUCGUCAGCUACUGUAUCCUGCACCGCGAAAAGCAGCUGACCGGUCAACCGACUCCACCACCUCCUCUCUCACGAGACCACACCCCUUCCUUUCACUUCCAACUUCCCCGACAUGGAGCCCAUCAAGGUUCAGUCAGAAGGUGGCCUAAACGUGACCCUCACCAUCAGGCUGCUGAUGCACGGAAAGGAGGUGGGAAGCAUCAUAGGAAAGAAAGGAGAGACCGUGAAGAAAAUGCGCGAAGACAGUGGCGCCCGCAUCAACAUCUCAGAAGGGAACUGUCCAGAGCGGAUAGUGACCAUCACCGGGCCGACAGACGCCAUUUUCAAGGCAUUCGCCAUGAUUGCCUACAAGUUUGAGGAGGACAUAAUCAACUCCAUGAGUAACAGUCCGGCCACCAGUAAGCCUCCAGUAACCCUGAGGCUCGUCGUUCCUGCCAGCCAGUGCGGCUCCCUGAUCGGCAAAGGCGGUUCCAAAAUCAAAGAAAUGAGAGAGUCGACGGGAGCUCAGGUCCAGGUGGCAGGCGACAUGCUGCCCAACUCCACAGAGAGAGCGGUGACCAUCUCCGGGGCGCCGGAAGCCAUCAUCCAGUGUGUCAAACAGAUAUGUGUAGUGAUGCUGGAGUCCCCACCGAAAGGUGCCACCAUCCCCUACCGCCCAAAGCCUGCCUCCACCCCUGUCAUUUUUUCAGGUGGCCAGGUAAGAGCAGACCCACUGGGGGCGUCCACAGCCAACCUCAGCCUCUUACUGCAGCACCAGCCACUGCCUGCUUACACCAUUCAAGGACAGUACGCCAUCCCUCAUCCAGAUCAGUUGAGCAAGCUCCACCAGUUGGCUAUGCAGCAAACCCCCUUUACCCCCCUCGGACAGACCACCCCUGCCUUCCCCGCAGCAGGUCUGGAUGCCAGUAACCAGGCCAGUACUCAUGAACUCACCAUUCCCAAUGAUCUAAUAGGCUGCAUAAUCGGACGCCAGGGAACCAAAAUCAACGAGAUCCGUCAGAUGUCUGGGGCGCAAAUCAAAAUUGCUAAUGCCAUGGAAGGGUCAUCGGAGCGCCAGAUCACCAUCACAGGGACCCCCGCCAACAUCAGCCUGGCUCAGUAUCUCAUUAAUGCAAGGUUCAGAGACGUGGCUGCCAUGUGGAAUGACCCAUCAUCCAUGACCACAUCCUGAGAUCCCUGACUGGCUCCUCCGUUUGGCCCUUUCCAUUGACCGACUACCGCAGACAACCCUGAUGAAGCCCCUCGGACUCUGGCUCUGGCUCUCCGAAAUCCCUGACCGCCUCACUGCUCUGGUUUACCCUAGAUCAGAGAGGUUUUGGUGGCCGCUUAUAUUUCAGAAAGCCAAAUUAAAUCAAAGAUUUAAAAAAAAAAAAAAAAAAAAAAAAGACAUACAAGAAACUGUUGAUUAGUUUUUUUUAGAGAACUGUUAAAGCAUGUUGAAUGUUUAUUAGAACAAUCUGUCUUCAUUUUUCUUGGUUCUCUUUUCGUCUAUUGCUUUUAUAAAUAUCUUUCAUUGCUGCGUCAUAGAACAACAUUUAAAAAGUAUUAGCAAACGACUGAAGAUUUUUGUAGAACGUAGGUAUCUGUAUAUUACUAAACAGCUGCUCAGUGAUGCUAUCGGCAGAGUGUGUGGUGGGAUGUAGCCAAAUGACUCAAGUUUAAUUACAUAGUUUCAAAAGUAAAAAAAAAAUAAUAAAAAAUGGGAUUGUUCCUUGUCGAAUCUCUGCCCAAGACUCUUUGCUGCAUCACAUGACCCUUUGAAGCCAAUGGUAUCACUCCUCCAGCCUCCCUUCUCAUGUUAAUUUCCUCUAUUUACAAUAUUAAUUAUACUGCAUGUGUUCAGUAUUGUGUCGUUGCGUAUUUGAGUAGAAAAAGAAAACCUGCUCCGUGUUUGUGCUUCAUGAGAUGUUGCUGUCAUAUCUUUGUGACCCUAUUUCUUUUCCAUAAACCUUUGCAGCAUUUUUGACCGUUCACGUCCAGUCCUACUCCCCGCCCAGACAGAAAGACUUUCCAACAUCGCCUCCGAUUAAUCGUAGCUAUAUACUGUAGAUGCAUGGAUGAGAAUUAGUGAAAAUCAGUGACGUAAGACACUGACGAAAAAUUGUAAUGAUUGUUUACUAACUUAUUAUGUUUUUUUUGUUUGUACAAGGACUAUUGUGACUUGUCACAUUAGUCGACUACGCGGCGCUCAUGCAAUAGACUACUCAACACUUUACUCUGGACUGCCUCUGGUGUGGGAGGAUUAGUUGGACUUCAAAGUCAGGUGCUGUCCAAACGUUUAGGGUUUUUCGGCCAACUUCGAAGAGGCUUAAAUGGGUGGACACAUGGUACUUUUGGGGCCAAGGAAUGUUCAGGGGUUCAUUGGGGGGAACCCGCAGGGCCUGGGCGGACGUGACCACUCAGUCUCUUUUUCAUGAUUGUUCAUCUUGUUAUGUUUUGUCAUCGUCACGCAGUUGAUUUGACGCUUUAGUUUUGAAUGUCUUUUCAUUGUCACAACCACGUCAGCAACUUAAUUGUUUUUGUAAAGGACAAGUUGGAUGACAAUUUCUGCUUU